AUGAGAUUGUUCCUGAGCCGGAUUUUGGGCGCCGCCCUGACGCUGGCCACGGCGACGACAGCACGAUCCUGCCGCCCAGACGUGCAGCAGGCGAGCGUGACAGCGGUGGCGGAGCUGGGGACGCCGCCGAGCUGGGCAGAGAACCUGGCGUUCCGGCCGGACGGCAACUUGCUGGUGACACGGCUGUACGAGCCGGCGCUGUACCACGUGGACGUAACGACGGGAGCGGUGGUGGAGGUGUACGCAUGGAACGGGUCGGAGCACUUGGGCGUGCUGGGCGUGGGCCAGACGACGGCAGACGUGUUCUACGUGGCAGUGGCGGCGCUUGUGGACCUGACGACGGGGGCGACGGUAGCCGGGGCCAACGAGAUCUACCGCGUGGACAUGCGGCCGUUUAUGCUGACAGACGACGGGACAGCAGUGGCGAAUGCGGCCGUGGUGACGCGGGUGGCGACGGUGGAGGCGGCCGGACUCUUCAAUGGGCUGGCGGUGCUGGACAAGCGCUACCUGCUCGUGGCCGACUCGAUCGGCGGCGUGGUCUACGGCGUGGACGUGCUUACGGGCGCGUAUGGCGUGGCCGUCAACGACUCGCUGAUGAGUGUCGGCUACGCGGCGUACCCGCAGUCGACGCUCGGCAUCAACGGCGUCAAGGUCUACGGCGACCAGCUGUACUGGACCAACUCGGCAGCCGGGCUGCUGGCCCGCGUGCCCAUCAACCGGCUCGGCCAGGCCGUUGGGCCGGCAUCCAUCGCCGUUGCCGACGUCGUGCCCAUCGAUGACUUUGCCAUUCGCGGCGACGGCGUCGCUUUCCUCUGUCAGAACCAGCUCAACACGCUCAGCGUCGCCUACCUCGACGAGCGCCGACCCGUCACAUCCUUUGCCAUUGCCGGCAGCAACGGGUCGACCGUCCUGGCUGGCGUGACGGCUGCCAUGUUCUCGCCGUCGCGUCCGAAGCGGCUGUAUCUCUCGACCAGCGGUGGUCUCGCAGCUCCUAUCAACGGAACGGUCACGGUCUCUGGAGGCGUGUCGUACAUUGACACGACGGACUAUUAG